AUGAAGGGUGCCAUCAAAGAGGCCGGGUGGUUGCAGCCAGAGGAAGAGGAUAGAGAAGUAGGCGCUGUGGAAGCGAAGGCUGAGGAGCAAGACAACGUUGUAAUGGCUUCUUCAAACGGGACUUCAUUAGAUCAGCAAUUAGAACAAAUCAUUCUUUGUUAUGCAGAAACCAUUUACAGGACAAAUGGUGUUUGGGAAGGCCCAAACCCCUUGAGUCCUAUUCUUCCUCUCUUCAUCGUUCAGAUAACUGUCGCUAUUCUCGCCACUAGACUUCUCGUCCUCGUUCUAAAAUAUUUCAACCAACCUCCUUUUGUUGCCGAGAUCCUAGUGAGUAGCAGGUUUUUGUGA